AUGAGCUAUACCAGCAAUGCCGCAGGCGAAGGGUCCUCGCGCCCGAACCAAGAUGCUGUACCCAACAACUACUUCGAGCAUGACGACGUCGCAUCGCCUGCGCCCUCCUACCGGCCCCAAUACAUGACUGUUGGCAACGGCGCGCAGCCAUCCCAUGCCGCUGCUCUGAUGGAACAACUGGAACGAGACUCGGGGUAUGGCAGCAUGCCUGGUGACGUGCAGCAAUCCGGUGGCGAGAUGCGCGCUUGGGAGGACGAGUUACUACGGGACAGACCGACACCUGCACAUACCCCUCAGGUUGCUGGACAACCUGCUACCAUAUCGGAGACGGAGAAACGAGCCCUCGCAAGCCAUGUUCAUCAACUCUAUUACAACCAGAAUCGUGUGGCCCUCGCGAAGGCAAUUUCGCAAACCGUCGAACUCCUUAAGCAGCUGCAGGUGAUGAAUACGCAAUGGCCAGCGCAUUACCCUGCCGUACAGAGACCUGAAAGCACAACAGAACCUUCCAGACCGGGCAUGCCACAUGCCCAAUCUACACGGGAUGCGACCGACAUGUCGCGGCAGAUAUUUCUCAAAAAGACUGCACAUGAUCGGCCAGCGGCCCUGAGAAGAGCAGGCACUUCAAUAGGGGAGGACACCACGGGAGAAUCAAGUUCGCAGGUACAGGCCCGGAAAACGCCUGAGCCCCGACUCAUCACACCACAGAUCGCCCAAGAGUUUUCCAUUCUCAAACUUGACCUGAAAGUCGGUGCGUUGUCCCAGACGGAAUUGGUGCACUCGCUGGAAAAGAAGUCAAUAGCGUCGCUCUUGGACGGGAAGAUCAGUCAGAGCGUCCGCCAUCUGUUGGCUCUCCGAGAUCGGAUAGAGGAUACCUCGAGCAAGGUGUUAGUGACGGGCGAUCUGAAUGCCGGGAAGUCGACAUUCUGCAAUGCCCUCCUGCGGCGGAAGGUCCUACCCGAGGAUCAACAACCCUGUACGAGUAUAUUCUGCGAAGUGUUGGACGCUAGGGACAAUGGCGGGAUUGAGGAGGUGCAUGCAGUGCACAAAGAUACCAUCUACGACCGGAACGACGAAAGCACCUAUGACUCGUACUCGUUAGACGAACUCGACAGGAUCGUGAUCGACAACGAUCGCUACAUGCAGUGCAAAGUCUACAUCAAGGAUGUCCGGUCCAUCGACCAAUCACUGUUGAACAACGGUGUGGUUGAUAUUGCGCUCAUCGACGCACCGGGCUUGAAUUCAGACUCGGUCAAGACAACAGCAGUGUUUGCGCGACAGGAAGAAAUUGACGUUGUGGUGUUUGUGGUAUCGGCCGCCAACCAUUUCACACUUUCUGCCAAGGAAUUCAUCUGGCAAGCUGCCCAUGAGAAAGCCUAUAUCUUCAUGGUGGUAAAUGGUUUUGAUAAUAUCCGCGACAAGGAAAGGUGUCAGAAGAUGAUUCUUGAGCAACUGCAAAAACUCAGCCCACAAACGUUCAAGGAGGCGCAAGAGCUGGUACACUUCGUUUCCAGCAAUGCUGUUCCCAUGGUGCCUUCUUUACUGCCGCCCGGAGGCGAUGGUGGCGGCGGUGGUUCAGGCCCUUCACCGCCCGAUGACGAUGAUGACGGAGGCAAAGGCAAAGGCAAGGACAAGGAGAAAAUCCGAGACUUCGAAGUCCUGGAAAGUGCUCUGCGGAGAUUCGUACUUGAGAAGAGAGCAAGGUCGAAGUUGGCGCCCGCGAAGACGUACUUGAUGAACUGCCUGGGCGAUAUGAACGUUCUUGCCACAGUGAACCGCGAUGUGGCGCACUCCGAACUCGAGCGAGUAUCCAAAGAGCUUUCCGAGAUCGUCCCAGAAUUCGAAGAGAAGCAAAAGCAGCGAGUGGCAGUGUCGGAGCAAGUCGAAAAGGAGAUCGACUCGACCUCAACUGAGGUGUACAACCACACCCGCUCAACACUAACUACUACCAUUGCCAACGUCGGGAAGCAAGACCACGGUGUCGAGUACCCUGGCCUGUUCUCGGCAUUCCAAUAUGCAGAGGACCUCCGGGUAGCCAUGCUUGACCAAAUUUCUGCUGCCGUUGCAAGCUGUGAGAACUACGGACGAGCGAGGACAAUUCAGGGAGUAAGCAUGAUCAAGUCCCUAGGACUGUUACAUGUCGGCGACAGCUACGAGAACCUCAACUUUGCAGCGGACAAAAUGUUCCAACGGAGGAAGGAUGCUCUGGUCAGGUCCGUUGACACAGAUGUGGAGAUCUGGGAUUUCUUCGACGUAGCCGGUCUGUGGGAGCGGCAAGAGAAGACGGUCGGCACAGGUCUGGCCCUCACUGUUGCUGGAACUCUAGGCACCAGGGUCGUGGGAGGUGUUGGCUGGAUCGAUGGGGCCUUUGGCGCGGCCAAGAUCAUCGGUAGUCGGAAUUUGAGGCGACUUGCCUUGCCCGGCAUGGUCGCGGCUGCUUUGUUGACGGUAGCUUACAUUCUCUCUACCAUUCCGCAAACACUCCCUCCUCGACUCGCUCAAAAGCUUUCAGUCACCCUUGCCGAAAUGGACUACACCCACAGCAAUGCCCAUCGAAUCGCCUCGGAAGUGCGGCGCGUCCUGCGCUAUCCGGCUCAAAAUCUUACAGCGGACCUCGCGAACACUGUCGAGGAACUGAGACAGAAGAAGGAAGACGUCACCAAGACGAAGAGAGAGAGUGAAGUCGCACGAAAGUACUUCACCAACCUUGUUCGGGACUCGGACGAAGCGAGACGAAGAAUUUCAGCGAUCGACUUGGAAGGAGGGCCACCAGGCGCGGUGGGAGCGUAUGCUCCUGGGCGACUCUGA